AUGUCAUUUCAAACAACCGAUAAAUCAGUUCUAGCUGCUUUCAAGCUAGUCAAAGCGCCAAUUUAUUCCCAUUGUUUCUCCAAUGAUAGAUCCCUAUUAGCCAUCACAUGUGAAACAGAUUGUUUAAUCUAUAGAAUGAAUGGAGCCAAUGCUAAUCCUAAAUUAGUGGCUACUUUAUCUAACCAUGAUAAAACUAUCACCGCAGUCGAUAUCUCUAUCCAUGGUCGUAUCGUUACUUGUUCUCAAGAUAGAAAUGCAUAUGUUUGGGAACCAUUAAGUGAUGGAACUUACAAACCAACAUUAGUCUUAUUGCGUAUUAAUAGAGCAGCCACCUGUGUAACAUGGGCACCUAAUGGGUAUAAAUUUGCCGUUGGGUCAAGCGCUCGUAUCAUUGCUGUUUGUUAUUAUGAACAAGAAAACAAUUGGUGGGUUUCUAAACAUAUUAAGAAACCUAUCAAAUCUACAAUUAACUGUUUAUCAUGGCAUGCAAAUGGUGUCCUAUUGGCAUCAGGUGGUACCGACGGUUAUGUUAGAGUAUUCUCUGGGUUUAUUAAGGGCUUAGACACUAAGGAAGCAGUUGCUGGAUCCGUCUGGGGCACUAAAUUCCCAUUCGGUUCUUUAGUGAAUGAACGUUAUCAUGGUGCAUAUGUUCAUGAUGUUAAAUGGCGUAGUAACAUUGAAAAAAUUGCUUAUGUGGCUCAUGAUGGUACUUUGAAUAUUUUUGAUUCACAAAAUGAUUUACAAUCUGUAAAUGCUCCAGAUGGUUUACCAUUCAAAGCCUUAGUUUGGAUUAAUGAUCACGAAAUUAUUUGUGCAGGUUAUUCAUGCCAUCCUGUCUUAUUUGCAGAAGCAGCUCAAGGUUGGAAGUUUGCCAAGAAUUUAGAUAAAGUAGCUGAUUCGAAUCAAGCUCAAAUCUCUACACAUACUACCGGUACUAGUGUGGAAGAUGAAGAUGAAAAUCCAACUUUUGGAAUGUCUGCUUUGAAGAAGUUUAAAGAAUUGGAUUUGAAAGGUAAAGUUUCUGCCAAUGUCAAAGAAAGUGCUCAUGAAAAUGCUAUUUCAGAAUUAGCAUCAUUUGCUGAAUCUUCAGGACAAGUCACCCAAGUUUCCUCAUCUGGAUUAGAUGGUAAAAUCGUCAUAUAUACUAUUUAA